AAAAAAAAUCUUUAUCUAAAAUGGUUGUUUCUUUAAUCACUGGUAGAAGCUGCAUUUGCAGCUGCUCUUUGCUUUACUUUGAAAGGUUUAAUUUGUUACUCCACAGUGUAAAAGUGGUUUUUUGUUCAUGCUCUUGUAACUAUAGGAAAAAUAUCUCUAGUGGCUGGCCCAUUUAAUAGCUAAAUUAAGACAUGCUCUUUUAGCAUAUGAAGUCAUAAAAAGGUGUAGUAGGCGCUAGAUGAUUUCAGAAGGGAAAUUGUGUUUCUUGUGGAGGGUGAGUUGUUUGUCAUGUGGUUGUUCUUCUGUUUUAGUUUGAAGAAUGAAUUUACAUAAUGAGCAUUAUAUUUUUAGUUACUUGGAGUCUGUAACCGAAAUUGAAUCCCAUUUUCAGAGGCAAAUACUGAUGCAAUAGCUUGGAGAAUCCUGUAGCUUGUGUUAUGCAGGUUAGAGCAUCUGUUGGAAUGAACUGUUACCGUUCUUAAUACUUUCAGUAUCUGUUAAUUUUGUCUGGUGGUGUUUGCAUGCAGCAUUUCAGUGUUUUACAGGCUUGCUGUAAUCUACCAUAAAACAAGGCUGCCUCUGCGAGGGACACUCCAGUGAGCAUGCUCUGCCUCUGAGCAUGUCUGUGUUUGUGGAGCUGCAGGGUGAGCUGGUUCAGGAACUCCUCUACAAAAAUAAACCUUGUUUAUUUUGUGUUCUUGUGGGAGCUUUUCAGCUGAAGCAAGUUUGCUCCCUGUCUGUCAGAGCUGGGGUGACAGCCAGUGGUUGAGGUAAGACAAGGAAAAUGGGACCUGCAGGUGUGUGAGCAGCUGCAGGAAGGAAGGGAUUGUGCACCUACAGCCUUAUUUGCAGUUCUGCAGUAAUUUCCCCAUAAUAUUUGAAGGGGCUUUACACAGAGCAGCAAGGAAAUUAAGAAUUUUGAAAUGCUUUGGCAAGACAACUCUAUAAACAUUGUAGCUGAUGAUAGACAAAGGACAUGUUUCUACCUGAAACUAAAUUCUAAAUCAUUUCCACACUCCACAUUUCAGAAUGUUAGUAAACUCUUCAAGCUAAUAGGCAUAAUUGUGCAAAUAGGCAUAAUAGUAGAACUUCUGCCAUUGGACAUAGGUUAGUCAUGGCUAAAAUGUGCAUAAUAAUGUUUUGAGGUGAAUCUGUGUAUCAGGAGGUCUUGAAUUGUUGUCAGCUUUUCAAGAGCUGACUUCCCUCAUCAUGUCACUUAUUUUGUUGUUUUAGUCUUUUUAUUCAUAUGAGGAAAAUCAGUCACUGCAGAAUUAACAUUUACUAUGUCUAACAUGCACUGUGUCUUCUAAAUGUGUGGUUCAGAAGGAUUUUCCAAAGUAAUGUGCAGCUAUUCUGUUUUCCUGUUAGAAUUGGAAGUAUGUGGGUUAGAAGCUCACGGAGAAUGAGCAACUGGGCAGCUGGCACUGGGGGCUCCUGAGCCCUGGCCCAGUGCAGUGGUGGGGAAGGGUGCAGGCAGGCCACUGCCUGGAAAGGAGGAGCUGCAGUGAGGACAGGGGAGAAACAGAUCCUGUCUGGGAAAGGACAGGAAAAAGGGAUGCAGUGCAACUCAUGUGCUUGGUUCUUGGCUGAGCACCAGGUGCUGUAAUUCCCUCCCUCCUGGAUUCCAUCCUGGAGCUCUGAUUAGAUGUGGGGGAAUGGCCUCGUCCUCCAGCAAAAGCUGCACUGUUGGAACAUCUUAAGCACAGAGAUCCCUGCUCUCUCUGAUAAGUGCCAGCUGGGCAGCCACUCACUUGUUUGAAAUUGUGGUCUCAUCUUGCUGCACAGGAUUAGAGCUGAAAAGCCAUCUGAGGAGGCUUGAUUAGAUUUUUUGCCUCUACUGCGGUUUUCUGCACAGCCAGUUGCUGUUGGAUAUGGCCUGCAGUCCGAGUUUGCUCCUCUGCCCAUGGAUCAUAUUGAAAAGAUGGCUGCAGAGUGUAUGAAGGACCUGAAUGAAGAUGAAGAGGAAGAUGCAGAUGAUGAAGACUUGGAGAAAGAUACAGACCUGUUGGCAGAGUUGCAAGAAGUUCUGGGGGAAGAGGAUGAGACAGGAAGCUGUGAGGAUGAAAUAACAGCAACAGAGCCAUCCCCAGCUGAACCAGAAGAUGAACUACCUGAACUGCAAUCACAGACCUCCUCACUUCCUGCUGUUACCAGUGAGCUACAACAGACACUUGAGGGGAGAAUUGGUGACUACAGGACGGCGAUUUCUAACGCGAAGGAGUCGGGGGAGAGUGCCAAAAUACGGCGGUACGAGAGAGGCCUGAAGACACUGGAAACCAUGCUGGCUGCAGUGAAGAAAGGCAAAAAAAUCAAUGAGGAAGAAAUGCCACCUCCUGUUGCAACAGGAAAGAGUUCUUCUAACGUACCUCAAGCCAUGGGAGUGGAGCUGGAGAAUUCAGGAGAUUCACCAGAGAAUAAAGCUGAGUCUGCUGCAGAUGACGAGCAGAAGGCUUCUCCUGAGGCAAGGGAGCAUUUGGAAACAGAGUCUCUACAAGGUCAUGCUGCUGCUGAUCCUGCUGUGGAAACAGAUCCCCAGCACAGCAGCACACGAGCAAUCCUACUUAAGAGGCAGAAGGAGUAUAAAUUAGCAGCUCUAAAAGCCAAGCAGCAAGGGGACCUGGAGAAAGCAAAGGAGUACAUGAAGACAGGCAAGAAAUUCAAUGUGGUGUUGGAAGCUUUGGACAGUGGGCAGCCAAUAGACCUCCAGAAUAUGCCUCCAUCUCCUCAGGAUCUUGAAAGCUUAGGACAUGUACAAGAUGCAUCUAAGCAAAAAGUACCACCUCGAGUGGGAAGUUCCCAGGAUCUUGCAACACCUGAACCUCAGACCCAAGAAGCUUCAGAGUCUCUGCAGCAGCCCAAGACGGUGCUGGAAGCGUUGCAGCAGCGGCUGGAGAAGUACAGGGCGGCAGCAGCUCAGGCCAAAGCCAGCGGGGACGAUCGGAAGGGCAGGAUGCACGACAGGAUAGCCAAGCAAUACCAGGAUGCCAUAAGAGCACAUAAGGCAGGGAGAAAAGUGAAUUAUUCUGAGCUGCCUGUUCCUCCUGGAUUUCCUCCACUUCCUGGUGUUGCAGCUACAGAUGGUGGCAGCACAAUUGCUGCUGUCCUGGAGAGCGCCAGCAAGUUGGCCAACAUGGAGGAGAAUGAUGAGGAGGAGGAGAAUGAACCUCUCCCCCAGGCCCCAGUUUCCAAAAAGCCAACUCAGGUUGUUAAGCCAACUCCAGUUCCAUCUGCUGCAGCUCAGGAGAGCUCUCCAGAGCACCUGAAACGAGCUGCAUCACCCUCCACCCUGGACAAGGCAGAGUCAGUGGAUCAUCUCCCUCCAGCUGUUAGGGACCAGCUGGAAUUUCUGGAGAACAGGAAGAAGCAAUACCUGAAGGCAGCCAUCAAAGCAAAGAGGGAAAACAACCUCGAACAGGCAAAGACGUAUCUCAGAACAGCAAAGGGCCUUGACCUAAGGAUUGAGCAGGCAAAAUCUGGCAAAACAGUUGAUAUUUCCAAGCUGCCAUCACCUCCUACAGAUGAUGAGGGUGAUUUUAUCUUUGUACACCAUGAAGAUGUCAGGCUGUCUCAGAAAGCAGAUGAAGUUUAUGCACAGCUUGUAAAAUUGCUGAAGGACCAACAUGAGAGGUGUUUGCAGUAUUCCAAGCAAUUCAUGCAUCUGGGAAACGUAGCAGAAACAACUCGGUUUGAGAAACUGGCACAAGGUUGUAAAAAGGACAUGGAGAUCCUACAGCUUGCACGAGCACAAGGAAUGGAUCCUCCAAGCCAUCACUUUGAGGAAAGAACCUUUAAAAUGAUAAGGAUAUUUUCUGAUCUGAACAGCACAGAAAUGCAUCUUCUUAUUGUCAGAGGGAUAAACCUACCAGCCCCACCAGGUGUGUCACCAAGAGAUUUGGAUGCAUUUGUGAAGUUUGAAUUUCAGUACCCGAGUGCGGAACAACCUCAAAAGAGUAAAACACCUGUAAUUAACAAUAACAAUUGUCCAGAGUACAACCAGCUGUUCAAGCUGAACAUCAACCGGAACCACCGAGGCUUCCGACGCGCAAUUCGGUCCAAAGGAAUUAAAUUUGAAGUGUUUCACAAAGGGUCCUUUUUCAGAAGUGACAAACAUGUGGGGACAGCACACUUGAAGCUGGACAAGCUGGAAUCAGAAUGUGAAGUUAGAGAGAUCAUCGAGAUUUUUGACGGCAGAAAGCCCACUGGAGGGAAACUGGAGGUAAAAGUGAGACUCAGGGAGCCCCUCAGUGGUCAAGAUCUUCAAACAGUUACAGAAAAUUGGCUGGUCCUUGAGCGUUAGUUCUGUCUGAGAUCCAUGGGAAUGUUGGAAGUCGUGGGCUGAGCGAAGGCAGGAAGAUGCUGCUAAGCUGCAAGCACCAAAGAUGUUAAAUGAAUGCACUACUGAACCUAAUGUCUAUUUUGAUAACAGCCAUAGUGUUUAUUAAUAACUCCAAGGCAAACGGGAGGCUCUGGGAAUGCGCUGCUGCAGGGCUUGGGACCGGUCUACCCAAAAUAGACAGAAUUGCCUUAAUGUGGGACUACUGAUGUAGCACCAGGACGAAUGUUACAUUAACUAUGCAGAGUGCUGUGAGAAGGGUUUAGCCCCUUAAAAAUUCCCUGAGGCAGUGCCAGAGCUUUUUGGUUAAGUCACAGGUAAGAUCUUUAUCAGAAUUCCUAUUCCCAAGUGUCUGAGCAGCCGGCAUGGUUCAGUGAACAGUCUGCUACUGCUUUUUCUGUCCUCUCCUAUCCAGGCUUCUUUGGGUUGGGAUCUUUUUUUUGUUUCCUAAACCAGAGAGCUCUCAGGCACCAGUUCAGGGGUGCCAGUCCCUCCUCUGUGCACGCCCUUGGCACGUGAGGUUCCAAGGGCUGUCCCUUUCUGAAGGAAAGGCCCCAGGGCUCCUCAGCAGGUUGGUGUUUACAGACCUCUGUUUUUGUUCUGGCUCCCAGUUAUGUGCUGUGCUUGCUGCACUGCUUGUCCAGCGCAGAAGGGUACUGUGCCUUCAUCCUUUAUGGUGUUGGGUUUUAAUUUAAAAAAGAAAGAAAAAAGUACACUAGACUCUGCUGCUUCCCAAAUGUUCCUUGUAUUUUUACAAAAAUAGGCUUUUACAAUUCUUCCAGGUGAUGGGGAAAAUAGUCAUACUUUGUCCUUCAAGAAAACUGGAUCAUGACUUAUUUUCAGGAACGCUUUUUGACCAGCAGCAUACAAGAAAGGGUACUAAAUCUGUUUGUGUUUUUAAAUCUCUGUGAGCUAACAGAAACCAGGGAUCUCCAAGGGGAGGAUGUGCCUGUGCCAGGGAUGGGCAGGUUGGGAGACAGAACAGAGUCCAGACAGGUCAGGCAGCUCUGCCUCUGUCUUCCUGAGCAGAUGAAGACAAUACAGUGUUUAGUUUUUAAUUUCAAUAAAUUUAAUAUACAAAACUACAUGUUGAAAAUAAAAAUAUAAUAUGCAGUUUUUUGCAGUGUUAACUAA